UCGGCCGCAAGUCCAAAAGUCACAUCACAUAUGAUACGAGGAGGGAGAGAGAUUGGGCUUCGUGUCAACGGACAAGCCAACACCGAGCUUAGACAGACGCUCCCACCGUCUGCGAGUCUCGCUUUGGAGAAACCGAAGGCACUCCGUUCCUUCCUCCAUCAAGGUAAGGUACAAGAAAGUUGGAGAGAAAAUGGUGGGGAUGGUGAUGACGAUGAAGAAGCAGCCCUCGCAUUCGCAGUGGUGGUGGCUCGACAGCCACCACACCACAACCAAGCGUUCACCGUGGCUUCAGUCCACACUAUCAGAGCUAGAUGACAAGACAGAAGCGAUGCUGAAGCUGAUCGAGGGAGACGCGGACUCUUUUGCUCAGCGAGCAGAGAUGUACUACAAGAAGAGGCCCGAGCUGAUGAGCAUGGUGGAAGAUUUCUACCGCGCGCACCGCCUUUUGGCUGAGCGGUAUGACCAGCUCAAGUCUGAAGCGGGGACUCGCCUCCUGACAACUGUCGGGUCACCAUUUUCCUGUAACAAGUAUCGCCAUGAGAAGUCAAUGUCGGCCAUGGACCAAAACUACGACAGCUACUCCGAGUCCUUUGAGCACGAGAACACUGAAUCCGAAGUCGAGGAUCCUGAGGAGGAGGAAGUAACCGGAGGCAGGCGCCAGGACACCGAAUCCGCGGGACAUAAGCCCUGUCAGAAGAAUGAAACCGUGGCUUCUCACGAAAAGGACGACGCCCAGGCCCACGAAGAGACGAAAGAAGAGUCGGGAUCGAGCUGGUUCAGCGAGGACGAAGUGAAGAAGCUGAAGGAAGAAAUAGAGAGGCUCAGGGAGGAGAACAGUAUGCAGAAGGAGAAGCUGGUGCAGAAGGAUGAAGAGAAGAGGGAGGUGAUAAGGCAGCUGAGUCUGACUUUGGGAGUAUUGAAGGAUGACAAUGUGAGGCUUAAGAAGCACAUUGUUGCUAGAGCAGCCAAGAAGUUUAACCUCUUUGACUUUGACAAAUUGAAGGGUGGAUUUCUGGGGAAGCUGUUCAAUGGGUCUUCACAGUCCCCACCAACAGUUGUGGCUCUGUAGAUGGGUAUGUCUUGUAACAUAAUUAGUAUAUGAACAUGUACUGAGAGUGCUUUAUAAUCAAGACUUAAAAGCAUAGUUAGGGUCAUAAUUAAAAAAUGUCUGUUUCGUUUCUCAAUCAUUAGGUUUGCUUUCAUAUGAUCAGGUUGUAAUAGUUAUGUAAUCUUUUACAGCUGUAGCUUAAAUGAUAUAUGGCAUGAUUAGGCAAGUC